GCUGUUAAUGUUUCAUUCGCGAGACACGCGACACACGUUAUCGCACGAGAAAGAGCAGCCGCAUUAUUUUUUCACACUCUGUUAACGCGACACGUGGUCGGAAAUGCGCCGGGUGAUUACUUCAAUUAUUUGCUAUCGCUUGCGCCUGCGCGCGGAAGCUAUCAGCAAAAGUUAUCAAGCUCGCCAAUGCAGUUUUUAAAUUAUGAAUACGACGAGACGUAAUUAAUGCACGUGUCAUCUCCCGAAGAUGUUUAAUUCGUGGACGAUCGCCUCUCGCGUUUUAUUAUCCUCGCGCGAAAAUAUUAUUCCAGGCGGAUAUAUCUCUUUCCUGUUACAGGGAAAAUUCGAGUUCGCCGGAAACGUACAACGGAGUCUGUUCCACGACGUCUCCAGGGGAGAUGACUUCCGUUCGCACGUGUUAUUGCAGACACGAGGGAAAUGCAGCGCGCAGGAAGGAUAAUGACAUCGCAAUACACAAUGGGAAUCGACGUCCUGCGACCGCCGUAUCUAAAAAAUCGAUAGCCACGAGCAGAGUUUGCGGAAGCGGCGGGGAAUCGUGCAAGAGAGCGAGACGCGUUAUCGACGAGGGAACGGUAAUGAAUAUUUACGAUCUUAUCUCAACAACAUUCGAUCACCCGAAUAUACUUUUCACGAUAACCGUCCGUUAUCCGUUGCAGCCUAACGCGAACCGAUCGGUCGAGGCGCAGCCUUCCGGUCUCGUCCUAAGUCCCGAAACGUCGACCGCGCUCGAAAACGCCGAGAGGAUUAUUAACAAUGCAGAGAUCCAACUCAGGGAAGUUUGCGCAGCGUCGAGCUUCGAUUCCGCACAGCGGAAUAGAAAUACGUAUUCGGACGAGCCGCCGCUGGACGACGAGGCGGAGGAGCGGCUGUACGUUCGCGAGCUGGUGACCUCCAAGCUUCACGACGCGUCCUCCCCGAGAUCAUCGGGGGCGAACGGCAAGGCGAGCGCGGGCUCGGGGAAGCGCGAUUCUCCUCGUGUCACCGUACGCCGGAUCGAUUUGUCGGCGCCGAAAUUUCGGGCGUCGCGACGACGGCGUGCCGACUGGUCGUCCCUGGGAUACGGAAGCGACGGUCGGACGUCGCGUGGACGCGCGUCGCCCGUGCCAGCGUCGUCGAGGGACUCGCUCGGGGACGCGAACGAGGCGACGGCACGCGACGAUCGGGCUCGCGAACGUCGGCGGACGUCGUCGGCGCGAGGGAACGCGUGCGGGAUCCAAAUAGGGCCGUCGGUGCACAUCGUCGACCGGGAACUGACCAGGCAGAACCUGGAGGAUGUGCACAUCUCGCCGGACUCGUCCCGGGCGCAGAGCCGCGCGAAUACGGCCACUUACACCCUGCGUCACGACGCCAUCGGAGACGCGAGCCACCCGGAAGGGGCGCCGAGGACUUGGCGCGUGAGACUGGACACGCUGCAACGGGAGAGACCGAUUGUCGAAGCUGCGACCGAAGCGGCACCGACGAAUCCUGCGAGCGAAAAGGACCUUGAAAAGGUCGGGGACUCCGAUUCCAGACGAGACGAUGGGCGAAUCGAGUCUCCGAAGGUCCGAACUUACAGACAGGAGAGGAGGGAUCGGCAACCUGAUCCGCGGGAUGACGAAGGCGCGGCAAGAUCCGAGCGUCUGAAUAGCGCGACGAGCCGGGUCGCGACCAAGUUCGCCACGAUUGAGACUCCGAGGACGGAUAGGAGUGAAAGGUUGAGGGACAAAGCGAGAAACGGGGAGCACGAGGGAUUCGCCCGCGGCGGCGAUACGGAGAUCCGUUACGCGGAGGAUGGCGGAAUAUUCUGUAGAAGAGGCGGCGCCGACUGUCCGCGCAACGACGAAAACAUUGAAGAUAAGAUCCAGGCGGAGGAAGACCAAGGUGAUCGAUCACAGCCGUCGCUUGCCGGCGACGCGUCGAGGAAAACGGGUUUCCCUCGGCGCGAAAAUAUCGCCUCGGGCCGUCGAGAGGCGGAAAGUCCUUAUCGGACGAUUGAUGGACGCUUUCCGUGCACGUUCGAUAGUCAUAACGGGCAAGACGGACCGCGCGAUCCCGCAAGCGAGGACGCGCGUCGUCGAUCUCCCGCCUCGGGCCGCACGGACGUUUCCCGGGUGGAGGACAGUCUGGAUGAGAUCGACCUGUAUCGGCCGCGUCUCGACGAUCUGGAUACAAUCUUGUACUCCAACGACCGGCAGAUCGAGCGCGUCGUCCGCGCGGCCAGGAAUCUCUCGGAAUUACUGUCGGGCCCUGAAUUCACGACGUACAAGCUGGACGAGGACGAGCGCGCGCGGCGAGACGCGUAUCGCGAGAAACUUUCUCGGGAUUCGUUAGACGAUAACAACAAGUUUCUCGCGUUGAACGAGCAGUCGGCUCGAGCGUCGAUUCUGGAGACCGAGCUGAGAAACGAGGACCUGACGGUCUCGGAGACUCACGAAACCGACGAGGAUCCGAGGGGACCAAGUGCGGCAGGCACGAAAUCGUCGGCUUUCGCGGGGGACAACGGUUCUCGCGGCAAUUACUCGAAGAACUCCGUGGGGUCUAGCGUGUUCCCGGCGUCGGAUGCGAGCGACGACCCCAGGACAUCUCGCGACAGCGACGGGGCCCAACGGUCGGCGGCUAAGGCGCGCUUAUCGGAAGAGUCGAUGGACAGGUCGGACGUCACGACGUUCUCCGGCCUGGUGCCCGCGUUAUCCAGCACGCGCACGGAGACGCGCCGUCCUCGUCAGGAGGAGGUCGCUCGGGACGCCAAGUCGUCCGCGAGUAAACUCUUCGGACGCGAGAUUCGGCAUCCCGGGAAGGAACACGCCGACGACGGGGAGAUGCCCGCGCGGAGAGACGCGUUCCAGGCCACGGACCGGCUCGUCGCCUACAUUCUGCAGGACGAGAAACGCAGCGUCGAGGGGAAGGUCGCGAGCGCCUUGAGGGAGCCGGCGGUCACGCCCGCGGCGGUGCAAAAGCUCCUGGAUCACUUGCGCGAGGCCGAGUCGAUCCGUCAAACGGAAACCCUGGGUGUUCUGAGAGACAUCUUGAUCAACGUUAAAAGUCAGCCCGACCAGGGAAGCGAUGCCUCGGCACGAGCGAAAGCAUCGCCGAUCGACGGACCGACGUCGAGAGGAGGAGGGACGCGACAAAAGCGAGGAGAGGUCGACGCCAGCGAGAACGGACGGGUCGGCAAAAAUUCCUACGAGCUCAGAAGCCCCGGCGGACGCUCCAUCGACUUUUCCGAGUGUCGCGAGACGAGAGAGAGCGUUCGGUCCACGGCCCGCUGCGAGUCUGUUCAACGCUCUGGGAAUAAUGGCAAGGGGGACACGGACCGGGUGGAAAGCGCGGACGUCGAUGCUAAAAAUCAAAUGGACAAAGGCGUCGACGAGAAAAAUCCGGAGGAGACGCUUCCUCGGAGCGUCGCUGGUUCCUUGAUGCGGACAAGUGCGACCGAAGAAGCAAUUUCGCGUGCGCAAACAAAGAAUAAUGCCGGGCUGAUCGUCGACGAGUCUAAAGAUCCCGGGAAUCCCGAUGAACGUCUCUCCGUCGCUCCCGCGUUUCCGGAAACGGGGGAAAACGUUGGUCCCGCGGCUCAUUUCGAGCCUGAUCGAGGUUCCAAGAAUAACAGUAAGAACAACAGCAAGGGAAACUCGGAGGCCGAGUCGUUAAAGCAGAUUUCCGAUAUCCGCAGCGACGACGACGACGACGACGAAAAUCUCGCGGGGAAUCUCGAACGUUUAUCUACGAAAAUUGCAUCCGCGAGAUCAAGGGGGAAACGCGAGGCGGAAGCCGCCGAUUCGAUUACCACGCGCGCGGUAUCCGAGAAUAAGGAGGAUAGUAUAAAUAACAAAAGGCUCGGAGAAGAUAAGGCAAAUGAUGGGCGAACCAAUAACGAUCGAAACGCAAACGGAAUUACCAAGCAAGCCGAGCAGCUGAUCGACGCGCGAUCGUCGGACGUUCCGCGAGAAGCCGCGAAGGAAAUUGGAAGCGAGAAAACGGGUGACAUUAUCACGCCGGCGGACCAGGAGGUACUAUUCGUCUCGUCGAAAGUUUCGGAGAUGAGGAGCGAGCGAGCGAGCUCGGGUGUCAAGUUUAUCGAUGAAUCCCCAACGAAAACAGACGUUAAUCCCGUGCGUUCGUCGACGAGGAAAGACACCGGAGGUCCACGUGAAGCAGAAACUGAUCCGCGACACGCCGCGAUUAAGGAGAAGAUCGACCCUGCGAAUAAACACUCGGCGGAUCCUCCGCGGAAUUGCGUCGCGCCGAAAAGUGACGAGCCAUCCCCGCAGGAAAUCGCGUCGCGUAACAAGCAGAUCUCCCGUGACGUUGCUACGGAGGACAAUUCGACGAGGGCUAGGGGGAACGAGGAAAUUGGCAGAUCGAUGACGGCCGAGAACCGUAGAAUCGAGGUCUCGGGGCCUCGGGAAACCACGAGAAACGGGCGGCGGCCGCCGAUCGACUUGACAGAGAGACCGCGGAAUUAUAAAACUGAUGUCUUAUCCAGCUCCAGUUCUAGCGUCAGCAGCACGCUGCUGGAUUACGACAGGUCGACCAAUGGCGUAUCGAGCGCAAACGCAAGGAGAGUCGGCACCACCUCCGAGACGUCGCACUCCGAGGGCGAGCUGUACAUGCCGAGCUCCUGCUCGUACUCCCUCGGCGAGGUGCGCGUGCUGAGGAGCAGGCGCGACCUGCUCGAGGACAACGCGAUGGAUCGCGACAGCAGCGUGACGGUUCUCGUCACCAGAAGCAUGCUGACGUCCCUGAACGACUCCACGGCGGUAAGCGGAGUCUCCGUGUGCCGACAAGACGCGGGAAUGGUGCCGCGCGACUAUAAACCCUCGUUCCCUCUUGCAGACCCUGCUGGAAAGUUCCGGACGCGUUUAAGAACGGAUCCCCUCCGGCGCGACGGCGUGACUCCCCGACUUAUCGUGGAUGGCGCCGAUCUGCUCUCUUUCUCCGACGAUUUUUACUCCGUGUCGUGCGAUAACGGCCUGCCAUUAUCAAUCCGCGUGGAAUGCUCGGUAAACGUUGCGACGCACCUGCGAUAUUGUCGGAAAAUUUUAUACCUUAUUGUGGUCACGUUGUUCCUACAAUAUCGUUGGAAUGUUUCGUGUUGCAACGUUGCCGCAAUAUUGCUGGAGUGCCCUACGCUACAUGAGAAAUGA